AUGCCUCGACAUAACCCUGAAAUCGUUGAAAAGUCGGGUUACAAUUGCGCGGCUUGCAAUCGUCCGGAUGAUGCGGAAGCUGAUAUGGUGUUUUGUGAUCACUGUCAGAGAUGGUUCCAUUUCGGCUGUGUUGGUGUCACGGAAGAGGUGAAAGAUGUUUCUUGGUGUUGCAGUGGCUGUACGAAAGAUGCUUCCGGUGGUGCUGAUUCGUUUGAUCUGCAAGAGGAGUUGACGCGACUCGAAGAUGAGCGGAAGAAGCAAAAACGGGAACUAGAAAAGGAGCGAAUUUUGCACCGAAAGCGAUUAGAGUUGCAGCAGGAGAUGUUCGCGGCUCGCCAGAAGCUAGAAAAAGAAAAACGGGAAAUGGAAUUGGAGUUCGAAAAGGGGCGGAUGGAAAAGAUAAUUGAGGAAGAAAAGGCCCAUCAAAUGAAACUCGAUCAAAUGCGUUUGGAAACACAGGAAAAGCUGAAGCUACUGAAACUGAAGCAUAAUACAGAUGAAGUGGAAGGUGGACAGCAUACAAGAACAGGCGGUGAUGCAGAAGGUGAAGAAAAAGGCUCAAAGAAUAAGAAGAAGAAGGAAGUAAUGGCAGAAAACGCGAAUCCAGGGAAAAAGCCGGUACUGAAAAAGUCAAGGAAGGAAAAGCCUGGGAAAGCGGAUCUGGUAGUCGCAAAUAAUGGCGAUAUUGACGGAGCCUAUCGAAAAUUUUCGACGCCGAAAAAAGCUGGAGAUCCGGUAGAGGGUCCAUCGCGUUCGUUAGAUACUGUGGAAAUGAACCGCGACGAGCGUUCGUGGGGCGGCAAGGGUACGCCAUUUGGACAUCCAGAAGUUCGCAAGCAAAAGAAAAAGCAGAGUAGAGGGCAACAAGAUUCCGAUGGUGCGGAGUCGGAAAGUGGCGACGACGUCGAAGAAAAGGUUGCUGACGCAGAGGCUAGUGACAAUGACGCAGAGGAAUUAGAUAGUUCGAAGAGCUCCGCAGAAAGUGUGGAAAGUGAAAGUUGCUCGAGCAGGCAGCGACAAAGCCAAGGGCCAACGAAAGCGCAGCUUUCAGCUCGACAGUUCUUGUCUAGAAGACUGCCGAUAUUUACCGGGAAGCUUGAGGAGUGGCCCAUGUUCAUAAGCAGCUACGAGACGUCAACAGAAGCAUGCGGCUUCUCAAAUGUAGAGAAUUUGGCACGCUUGCAAGAGUCUUUGAAGGGACAAGCACUGGAAGCGGUUAGAAGCAGACUCCUCUUGCCCACGGCUGUUCCGGAAAUAAUCAAAACUCUUCGUAUGCUUUACGGUCGUCCAGAGCAAUUGCUCAAUAUGCUGUUGUCAAAGGUUCGGAAAACAGCGCCGCCGAAAGCGGAUCGAUUAGCAAGUUUCAUCAGUUUCGGCAUGGUGGUCCAACAACUCGCCGAUCACCUGGAAGCUACAGGACUAACUACCCAUUUAGUCAAUCCGAUGCUAAUACAAGAACUGACUGAAAAGUUACCAGCUGGAACUCAAUUGGAAUGGGUGCGGUACCGGAGGAAAAGCCAAGUUGUAACCCUGCGGACGCUAGCCAAUUUUUUGUCAGCUAUCGUUGAAGAUGCGAGUGAGAUUACGCUGUACGGACAGGCGCCUCCGUCAGUUGAAAGUGAACCUAGAAGAGGAAAAGGGACAGGUAGAGAGCACGAAGGAUUCCUGCAUGCUCAUGAUGUAACGGAAAGCAAAAACUAUAGUUCAUCAGCAAAGCAGAGAACACCUUGUCGAAUUUGCAACCGGGUUGACCACCGGAUUCGCAAUUGUGAGAAAUUUCGUAAGCUUCGUGUGGAGGAGAAAUGGGAAGCCGUUAGAAAAUGGAAUAUGUGUCCAGUAUGCUUGAAUGAGCAUGGAUCGACCCGCUGUAAGCUCAACUUUCGAUGUAACGUCGGCGCAUGUAAUGAACAUCAUAAUUCGUUACUUCAUCCCGGGAGCCCAGCCACACAUUCGAACUGUAAUAUCCAUUCUAUCCAGCCGAAGCAGUCCGUAAUCUUCCGCAUAAUGCCCGUCACACUGUACUGGGAGAAUAACGCUAUAAACACGACCGCAUUCUUGGACGAAGGGUCAUCUUACACGCUGUUAGAGAAAUCGCUCGCAAACGUUCUUAGUUUAAAAGGAACAAUUCAACCGCUUCGGGUAACAUGGACUGCUGGUGUGUCUCGACUGGAGAAAGAAUCCCGCAGAGUGGACCUGUUCAUUUCGGCGCAGGGCUCAAACCAGCGUUUUCGGAUCAAAGGUGCGCAUACGGUAGAAGAUCUAAAACUUCCGCAGCAUUCACAUGCUAUGUCGCAAAUAGCCAAGCAGUACUGCCAUCUUCAGGGGCUUCCUAUACAAGAUGCCCAGCAAGUCGCUCCGCAGAUUUUGAUCGGUUUAAAUGAUAUACACCUGUACGCACCGCUUGAGUCGCGGGUUGGUAAACCGGGAGAGCCAGUAGCUGUCAGAUCGAAACUUGGCUGGGCCAUCUACGGACCGACGAAUGUAAGCAGCACAGAUGCAGGGAUUGUGGGUCAUCAUAUGUGCAGCAAUGUGACUAACCAGGAGUUGCGCGAUCUACUGAAGAGUCAAUUUGCGUUGGAGGAGUCAACAAUAUCCGUAGCUCUACUUCCUGAAUCAGAAGAAGACAAAAGAGCAAAGCAGCUUCUAGAGAAAACUACAGUGAGAAUAGGUGAUCGGUUCGAGACUGGCUUAUUGUGGAGAGAUGAAGAACCACAGUUUCCGGACAGCUAUUUUAUGGCCUCGAAACGUCUGCAAUGCUUGGAAAACAGACUUAAAAAGGACGGCGCAUUAUACGACAAAGUUCGGCAAAUGGUCGCUGAGUACCUCGACAAGGGAUAUGCUCAUAAAGCUACAGAAUCCGAGCUAAGCGAGUCAGAUCCAAGCAGGAUAUGGUACGUACCGCUGAAUAUAGUUUCCCACCCAAAAAAACAAAAGCUUCGUCUGGUAUGGGACGCCAGAGCCGAAGUCAAAGGAGUGUCAUUAAAUUCAAAGCUUUUAAAAGGCCCGGACAUGCUCACUGCUCUUCCCGCGGUAAUAUGCAGAUUUCGUGAACGUCGGGUGGGAUUCGGAGCUGACAUUAAAGAAAUGUACCAUCAAUUGAGAAUCCGUGAGCAAGAUAAGCAGGCGCAGAGAUUUCUAUUCCGAACGGACGCUUCGAUGAAACCAGAAGUCUACGUGAUGGACGUAGCAACGUUUGGCUCCACAAGUUCGCCUUGCUCUGCGCAGUACGUGAAAAACUUAAAUGCGAAACAGUUCGCUAAACAGUUUCCGGAGGCGGCAAAGGCGAUUGUGGACAACCAUUACGUGGACGACUAUUUUGAUAGUGCGGAAACAGUUGAAGAAGCAGUGAAACGGGCGAAAGAGGUUCGGUAUGUGCAUUCAAAGGCAGGAUUCCUGCUACGCAACUGGGUCUCCAACUCCGAAGAAUUUCUGCAAGCCCUAGGCGAGCGCAACGAAAACCAGUUCGUACAUUUUAAUGACAAAGAGUCGGGCCAUGAACGAGUUCUAGGAAUAGCGUGGAAUCCUGGCAGCGAUGAGUUCCUGUUUUCAACUAAGUUGCGAGACGACCUAGAACCGUAUUUGUCUGGUGGGCUGCGACCUACGAAAAGAGUCAUCAUGAGUUGCGUUAUGAGCUUCUUCGAUCCUUUGGGGUUACUCUCGUUUUUCACGAUCCAUGGAAAAAUACUAAUCCAGGAUCUCUGGCGGAGCGGAUGUGACUGGGAUCAAAAAAUCGAUGAUGAAUGUACCGAAAAAUGGAACCGCUGGAUUGAGCAGCUUCCAGAAAUAGAAAAAGUUCAAAUUCCACGAUACUAUUUCAACGGUGGACGAUCUUUGAACGAGAACAGCCUGCAGUUACACGUGUUCGUCGAUGCAAGUCAGAGCGCGUACGGUGCUGCGGCGUAUCUCCGAAUCGAAACAGCUGAUGGUCCAUUGUGUUCGCUGGUGAUGGCGCGAUCGAAAGUGGCACCACUUAAACAUCUAUCAAUUCCUCGCUUAGAGCUGCAAGCGGCUGUGGUUGGUGUUAGACUGGCGAAAACCGUUGUGGACAUGCUUUCGUUCGAAAUCAAAAAGCGAUUCAUCUGGACUGAUUCAAAAACCGUGCUGUCGUGGAUAUACUCAGAUCAUCGCAAAUACAAACAGUAUGUAGCCUUUCGUAUCGGGGAAGUACUUAGCCUCUCAAAUAUUGAAGAGUGGAAUUGGGUACCGAGCAGGUGGAAUGUAGCCGACAAGCUGACGAAGUGGGAAAAAGGACUCAAAUUUGGUCCAAGCGAGGCGUGGUAUCGCGCGCCAACGUUCCUGUACGAAGCAAGAAAGCAGUGGCCUAAGCAGAGCGUUAUCGUACCGAAUGUUUCUGAAGAGUUACGCGCGGUCCAUCUGUUUCAUGACGUUUCAUUGGUGGAAGAACUAAACAUGAUAGAGAGGAUUUCGAGGUGGAGAAUACUCGUCCGAUCAGUAGCAUGCGUCUUCAGGUUCGCUUCAAAUUGUAGAAGAAAGCGGGAAGGCCUACCAAUCGAAGCGGUUCCAGCUCGGACAGAAAUAAAAAGAUGUCUAAAACGCAACAUUCCAUCAGUUGUAGUUCCUCUGAAACGAAUGGAAUACCAGAAAGCGGAGGCGUGCCUGUGGAGGUGGGCACAAUCAAGUAGAUUUGCAGAAGAACUAAAAACCCUGAAAAAGAAUCGAGACCGAGAGCUUCCGAAACAGUAUCGGUUGGAGAAGAGCAGUGAACUCUACAGCCUAUCUCCAUUCAUCGACGAGCAAGACGUGUUGAGGAUGGAAGGAAGAACCGCGCAAGGUUUAUCGGUUCCUUUCGAGCUUCGGUUUCCGAUUAUACUUCCGAAACGACAUCCCAUAACCGACAAGCUUCUGCAGUUCUAUCAUCAGCAAGUGGGCCAUAGCAACACGGAGACAGCAGUAAACGAAGUUCGACAACGUUUUUAUAUCCAAAACUUGCGAGCAGAGAUGAAGCGAAUAGCGAAAGCCUGCAUAUGGUGCAGGGUAAAGAAAUGUCACCCUAGAAACCCCAGAAUGGCCCCACUUCCUCACUCGCGUGUUACGCCAAACCUGGCGCCAUUCUGCUUUACCGGAGUGGACUUCUGUGGGCCAGUUACAGUAAGCGUGAAUCGCCGGUCAGAAAAGAGGUACAUCUGCUUGUUUACCUGCAUGACUACGAGAGCCAUACACCUUGAGGUUGCUCAUAGCUUAACAACGCAAGCGUGUUUGAUGGCCAUACGACGUUUUGUGUGCCGUCGAGGAAAGCCUUUGGAGUUCUACUCAGACAACGGCACAAACUUUCAAGCAGCUAGCAAAGAGAUUGUGAAGCGGAUCGAAAACGAGUGCGAAGACACCUUUACCGACUCCAGAACACGCUGGAACUUUAACCCGCCUAGUGCACCCCACAUGGGGGGAGUGUGGGAAAGAUUAGUGCGUUCGGUGAAGGCAGCGUUGACCGUGUUUGAUGAUGGGCGAUCGAUGACGGAUGAAGUACUCCUGACAGUACUGGCAGAAGCUGAAGAUCUGAUCAAUUCACGUCCUCUGACGUACGUUGCCGUUGAACCGGGAUCAGAAGCGGCAUUGACACCUAAUCAUUUCGUACGGGGCGUCGGAACAGUGAAUCCAGAAGACUACAUUCAACCAACUAACGAGGCUGAAGCUCUCAGAGAUCGUUACAAGCAGUCGCAGCUACUAGCAGACCGAUUGUGGACUCGCUGGGUGGCUGAGUACUUACCUUCGAUCAACCGGAGGACCAAGUGGCUUACAGAGACUCCGUCAUUGACAUGUGGUAAUUUAGUGUACAUCGCCGAUGAUAAUAGACGACGCAGCUGGAUCCGUGGUGUGGUAUCCAAAGUUUAUCGAGGAGCGGACGGCAGAAUCAGGCAGGCGUUGGUACAAACUUCGAGAGGCGAGUUCAGAAGACCAGUCACUAAACUUGCGGUGCUAGAGAUACAAGAUUGUAAAUCCGGCGCAGCAGUGGAGACUUCACCAGAAUUACGAGGAGGGGCUAUGUGCGCACCGCUAAGUGGCGAUGACAGGCACCUCGACCAACAUACCGCUGCAGCAGUGUGA